AUGGACGCCAUAACAGCCAUCAGUCUCGCGAGCAACAUCUUCUCAUUUAUUUGGGACAAGUGGCGAAAAUUCGAGUCUGAGCUGCUGGCCCAAAAUGUCAAGCGACGAGCUGCCAAGUUCGCGAUCCCGCCAGCCCCAGACAAGUCCACCCCACCUCAAAAUGACCAAAAUCCUCCGAGCUUCGAGCCGGCCAUGUCAAGAGACUGCAGCAGCGACUCGACUGGAUGCCAAAGAUCCGACGAAAUUCGGGACCUUAGGAUCCACCUCGGCGAUCUCUUGCGGCAGCUAUCGCAGCAAGGCACCAAGGUUGACAUUGACGCCAUCAUGGCACAGCUGGCCAUUGGCUCUGAAAAGGGUGCCAGAUUCUCAGCCGAACAGGCCAUCUUGAGCUGCCUGUGCUUUGAUACAAUGGACUACAGAUACAUCACAGUCACCAAGGCACACGAGGGAAUAUUCACCUGGAUUCACGAGCCAGCUUCAUUUAGUGCCUCGCCUGGAUCUGGCUCGUUUUUCGAAUGUCUCGAGUCCCCCGGCGCUGUGUACUGGGUUUCGGGGAAGCUUGGCUCCGGGAAGUCAACCCUGAUGAAAUGCCUCUGCGAGCUUCCUGCAGUCUGGGAACGGCUUAUGCACUGGGUGCCGGCGACAUGUCAGAAAGGCGAACAGCUUCAGUUGGUCUUUGCGAGUUUCUUCUUCUGGAAUGUUGGCUUAGAAGUCGCGGAACUCGUCCAGGCCAUCCAGAACAUCUUCGACCACACAAAGACGCAACCGACAAUCAAGCUUUGCUUCUUUAUUGACGGUCUCGACGGAUCUGCGUCCAGCCGGCCGUGGAACGAGUUUGAGAAGGCAUUCGGCGGGAAUGUCCUCCAGCAGCUGUGGGUGCAGGAUUUAACCCGGGACGAUAUAAAGCUGUUUGUCCGAGAUACUCUCGAAAAGGACAGGAACUUCCAGGAGCUGAAGGAAGACGAUGAGUCAUGUAUCGACCUCAUCCAAGAGAUUUCCAACCGCGCCAAUGGCGUUUUCUUGUGGGUUCGACUGAUCGUCAACUCUCUGCUCCAGGGCGUCACCAACGCCGACAGCGUGGUCGACCUGCGCAGAAGGCUUGACACGUUUCCGACGGACUUGUACGAAGUUUUCGAGAGGGAGCUGUUUUCGGUCGACCCCUUCUACCGGCAGAGGACAGCACGGUUCUUCCAAGUCACCUUGACCUCGCUCGAAUUGUUGCCGCUCGUGUGCUACUGGUUUGUUGACUAA